GUCGGCAAGCUGUCUCUACUCUCAAUCGCAACAACGAAACUAUCCAUUUCAUCGGGUAGGCUGCACAACAAUAAGAAGCAUAUCAAGUCAUCACGCAUCUCAACGCUAAUUGAUUUGAGCUUUUCCACAAUAGUACAAAAAUCGUUCAUUUGCACAGCCAUCUUUUCGCUUGCAUUAAAUCUUAAGCUCGUCGGCGAUUUCAAGCAUCCGUUGUUGGUUACCCCAGCAACCGAGGCAAUCGGAGAUCGUCGUGUCACACUGGCAAGUAGCAAAAAAUCGUCAUCCGAUGAAGACAUGUUUACGUCCGCCCACUACGAAAUUUUAUUGCAAAUGGUGUUGACGCUUUAUGCUUGAGUGU